AGAAAUGCAAAAAGAAAAAAUACUUUAAUCUCUUUAUACCAAUUACAGGGAGCAAGAUCUGUGACUGUGUACUUCCCUGAAGCACAAUGGUUCGACUACUAUACUGGUCUCAAAGUGCCAAAUGCCUGGAAGAAGAACUAUGCUACUGUGUCUGCCCCACUGACCAAGAUUCCUCUGUUCAUCCGUGGAGGAUACAUUCUGCCACAACAGCAACCAGCCACAACCACCACCGAGAGCCGCCUGAACCCAUUUGGACUCAUUAUUGCCCUGGAUGAACAAGGACAAGCUUCUGGGUCUCUCUUCUGGGAUGAUGGUGAUUCCAUUGAUACUAUUGAAAAUGACAACUACUUCUUGGCUAAAUAUACAUUCAACAAGGGAAGCCUGAAGACAGAGAUAGUUAAAAAUGGCUACCGUGGAGCUGACACUCUGAAGUACAACAAAAUUACCAUUCUUGGCCUGAAACUGAGACCUCAAGCUGUUUCUGUGAAUGGAAGAUCCAUCCGUGGAGAAGCUUUCUCUUUUGAGAUGAGUGGGAAACUGACUCUGAGGAUUUCUGCUCCACUUACUGAGGAACUCAACAUCAAGCUUUACUAGAAUGGUCAGAACACACUCCCUUAAUUUAGCAUUCUUGACCCUCAGAUAUUGAUCUCACUUUGAUUUUAAUGUAAAAAAAAAAGGUGAUUAAAACAUUGUUUUUGGCCCUGAGGAGUAA